UGUCACCGCUUCCCCUCCUGUACCCCCAAAAUUGCAGCAAGUUAGUGUGAAGCCGACCUGAGGAAACCUUUCUGUCUCUUAACGUUGCCUGCACGAAUGGGGAGAGCUGUAGGUGGUUUGUAUUUACGAAGGGGAGACAGAAAUGAAGAGACAAAAAUAAUUUCCUGGAGGAAGUGAAUGUUAUUUCCCGUCAUUAUUCACAACGACCAUGUUUCAGUCAGCUGUUUCUUUCGGAGCACGUAUGAUCAGGCGGCUGAGAUAGGCCAUCCUGCUGCGGACAGUGGAGGGGCGGGGAAAAGCUGGGCUUUCGCGGUCUCCGCGGCGGCUCGCUCCGAGACGCGGCUUUCAAAAGAAACCGAAGAAGUCGCGAGCUUCAGAGCAGUGUUAGAGUCGCGCGAGAAGUUGUCAUGGAGAAAGAUGGCGAACUCGAGAGAAAGGCUGUGGAAGAACUUCUUACAGAGGCAAAGCGUGGGAAAGCCAGAGCUGAAACCAUGGGACCUAUGGGCUGGAUGAAGUGUCCUCUUCCAGGAGCCAACAAACGGUUUCUCAUCAACACUCUUAAGAAUACCAUACAGUCGCAACGACAAACGUAUGACUUGAGACAAAGGGAAGAGGUUAAGAAUUCGGCUCUCUCUGAGAAGGAACUAAGGAAAAAGGAGAAGCCCCACAAAAAUAGCUUUCAGCCUUACAAACAGGGAUCAAAAAGUAGGAUGAAGACUAGAAGGUCUCCUUCUCCACGGGGAAAUGAAUCAAAGAGAAGCAUCAAAACCUACAAGAGUACAAAAGAUUAUUGAAAACCUGGUGCAUCAACAGGCAUUUAAGAUUAUUAAACUAUAAAAGCAAGUUCAGGUUAGAGCGGAAAUUAGUUCUUGCUUUAAAUAAUUUCAGACAUUGACCCAAAACAGCAACAACCGGUGAAUACUUUCUUCUUGGACAGCCUUCUAGCUCACCAGCCAGAUUAACCAAAUUACAUUUCAUGUAAACAUUACGCUUAUUUGUUCUGUAUAGUUGCGUUGGUAGUCAAUGUCACAUGAGGUGAAGCAGUAUUUGACACAAAAACAAAGGUUUGGUUUCUCCCAUCAAUAGUGGCAAAGAAGCAGAAAGUAUAAAAACAAAUGCAGUGAUGUUCUGUAGAUAAAGAAGUUCUUAACAUUCUACAAAAAUGGUACCAGUGGUUAUUUAUUAGACAGAUAAGUGUUUUUAUGGUAACAUUAUGGGGUUUGUGAAUACACUUUGGAUUAAUGAAGCCUAAAGUGAUUUUUAACUGGAAGAAAAUUCUGUUGUACACAUUGACCUAAUCUUGUAAUUCUAUACUUAUCACCUUACAAUCUUCAUCUUGCUCAUUUUGAUGAAAAGAAAAUUUGUGAGCUGUUUAAUGUGGUGGUGGAAAAUUCAAUCCAUUGACUAAAUUUUCAAUCAUUGGUAAUGGUUUAUAUUUCCUACAAAACUUUCUAUCAAUAUAAUUUUGCCAGACUGAUAGAUUCAGCAUAUAGGCUUUGUUUACAUUAAAACAUUAUACAAUUACCAAUAA